AUGGACGAUGCGCAGUAUACACUUCUUGAAAAACUUGGUACAGGAUCAUUCGGUGUAGUAUGGAAAGCAGUACGUAGAAAAACAGGUGAAAUUGUAGCUAUUAAGCAGAUUGAUUUGGAAUCUACAGAUGAUGAUAUAACAGAAAUACAGAAAGAAAUUGCACUUUUAAGUGGUUGUGAUAGUCGUUAUGUUACUAAAUAUUAUUCGUCGUUUGUUAAGGGACAUAAGUUAUGGAUUGUGAUGGAAUAUAUGGCGGGUGGUUCAGCACUUGAUCUUCUUAAACCAGGACCUUUUACAGAGGCACAAAUUGCUAUUCUUUGUAAAGAACUUCUUGAAGGUCUUUGUUAUUUACAUAGUGAGGGAAAGAUACAUAGAGAUAUAAAAGCUGCAAAUGUUUUAUUAUCAUUUUCAGGUCAAGUUAAAUUAGCGGAUUUUGGAGUAGCAGCGCAACUUUCAAGUCACAAAUCACGUCGUAAUACUUUUGUUGGAACACCUUUUUGGAUGGCACCCGAAGUUAUUAGGCAAUCAGGUUAUGAUUAUAAAGCAGAUGUAUGGUCUCUUGGUAUUACUGCCAUCGAACUUGCUCGUGGAGAACCACCUCUUUCAGAAUAUCAUCCAAUGAGGGUUCUUUUUCUUAUUCCAAAGGCUAAACCUCCUGUUCUUGAAGGGAAUUAUUCUAAAGAAUUUAAAGAUUUUGUAUCUUUAUGUUUAAUCAAAGAUGCAAGAGCUAGACCAUCAGCCAAGGAUCUUCUCAAACAUAAAUUUAUUAAAUCAGCGGGAAAACCUUCUCUUUUACAAGAACUUCUUGAAAGGAGACAAGAAUGGGAUAUAAGACGAGGAGAUAGACCUCAUCGUACUUAUGUAGAAACUAUAGAUACAUUGCCUAUCGAUAAUCAUGAAGAAUGGAAUUUUGAUACCAUUAAACCAAAUAUUCUUUUGGAAAGCGAAUCUACAGGAACAAUUCGGAAAGAUAUCCAGGAAACUACUACAGCGUUACGUCGAAUCGAUCUUAAUGUUUAUGAUUCUGAUACUAUUAAAGCACAUUCCUAUAAUGUUCAAUCAAAUCCUUCAAAAAACGAAAUUUCUCCUACUCUUAUAACUUUAGAAAAAGAUAAUAUAAUUAAAGAAAAUACUGAGAAAAGUAUAAAUUUUUUAAAUAUCUCAAAUCUUUAAUUCUAAUAGUACAUAUUAUCGAUGAAAAAAAAG